AUGCCAGCGAGUUUCCUGAGUCUUCCUGCUGAGCUCCGCAAUGAGAUCUAUAAAUACCUCCUAGUAAGUGGAGAUCCUAUCAUUCCUUGGAGCAAAAGACAUGAGCUUGCAUCGAACCUUCUGUCCACAAACACUAUGAUCCUACACGAGGCCAGCUCACUACUCUAUGGCAAUAACUGCUUUGACCUCUCGUCAUCGAGCCCUAUACUUAUAUGCGACUUCCUCGCUACUAUAGGCUUGGUGAACGCUUCUCAUCUUAAUUGUAUCCGCAUCAGCUUUCCUGAAUUCCACGACGUUGGAGAAGAGGUCAGCCUUGAGGAAGAAAGCCUGCGCGCUUUAACAAAGAUCCAGGAAUACUGUACCGACCUCAAACGUAUCACAGCGACUGCUCCAAGCACAUAUUGGAUGGGGAUUCAACUAUCAGUUGACAGCCCUUCCAUUUGCGAAAGGGCAUUGGAUGUGGUUGACGCUCACUUCAGAGCGAUCACAUCACUGCAAGAGAUUGUCAUGGAAGUUUAUGAUAAAGGCCUGGAAUCUUCUCUUAUAGGGAAAAUGAAGAGUUAUGGGUGGACACUCAGGACAGUGGAGAUCGUGGAAGAGGAGAAAUGGGACAAUGAUAGAACUUGGGAUGAAAUUGAAGAUGAUCAUUAUCUUUACAACGACAACGAUGAUGAUAAUGAUGACGACUACGAUAUUGACAACGACAGUGACUUCUGGAGAAGGGCAGCAGACUAA